AUCUAACGCUCUCUUUGUUAUUUAUUACAGUCAGCUACUUCAUGCUUCAACUCUAAUAAUAAAACCGUUACACAAUCUUUCUAUCUAUCUUACAUUAGAGUUUCAUUUCAUAUUCACAUGUAUAUAUAUUCCUAUGUAAACAUAACAACAACAUUAGAUAGUGUAACAUUUUUCUUAUGUGACAAACAAAACAAAAAUGAUGUUUUCUUGUAGAGUUGUCGUUGUUUUGUUUGUUUUGGUUUUUGUUAUGAUGAUGGUUGAGGUGGAUUUAGUAGAAUGUGGUAAUGGAGGUGUUAGGAAUUAUAUUAGUUGGGAAGAUAUGAUGGUUGAUGAACAAAGAUUAGUUCUUAAGAAGAAUAUUAAUCAUAAUGAGAGAGUUAUUAUUGUUGAUCAGAAUGGAUAUGGACAUUCUAAAACUGUUCAAGGUGCAGUUGAUUUAGUUCCUGAUUGGAAUCAACACCGAGUCAAAAUCUACAUUUUUCCCGGAAUUUACAGAGAAAGAGUGUUUGUGCCAAUCACAAAACCUUAUAUAUCAUUUAUAGGUAGAAGAAAUGAAACAGCAAGUCCUGUAAUUACAUGGAACAGUAAAUCGUCAGAUAAAGGUCCAAAUGGUCAAACAUUGGGAACUUAUGGUUCAGCAACUGUAGCAAUUGAUUCAAAUUUUUUCUGUGCAACUGAGGUUACUUUUGAGAACACAGUGGUUGCAUUAGCAGGUGGACAAGGAAUGCAAGCAGUUGCACUAAGAGUAAACAGUGAUAAAGCAAUGUUUUAUAGAGUUAAGAUUAAAGGAACACAAGACACUCUCUUGGACAACACAGGAACUCACUACUUCUAUAGAUGUAUCAUCCAAGGAAAAGUUGAUUUCAUCUUUGGCAGUGCAAAAUCACUUUAUGAGAAAUGUAGGCUUCAAUCAAUAGCUGAGAACUUUGGAGCAAUUGCAGCACACCAUAGAGAUUCACCACUUCAAGAUACAGGAUUUUCUUUUGUAAGAUGCAGUAUUAGAGGAACAGGAAAUAUUUUACUCGGAAGAGCAUGGGGAGCCUACUCGAGAAUAAUUUACUCAAGUUGUAAUAUGGAUGAUAUUAUUAAACCUGAAGGCUGGUCAGAAUGGAAUCAUCCAGAUAGAAGAAAGACUGCAGUGUUUGGUGAAUAUAAUUGCCAUGGAAAAGGAGCAGAUAGAAUACAAAGGGUACCUUGGUCAAAAGCAUUAAGCUAUGGAGAAGCAAAGCCUUACUUGGACAUUAACUUCAUAAAUGGAAAUCAGUGGCUCAGACUAUAGUGUAACAAUGCAACAAUCAAAUGACAUAUAUUCAUUAGUUCUAUCCUUGUUUAUGAUCUUUCCAAUGAAA